AAUGAGCUAUCAUUUUCAAUGCACUGUAAAUGGCACACUAUAAAUGAGCUACUUUUAUCUAGCCCCUGCAUGCAAUUCUGCAAGAGUCACUUUAGAAUCGAACCAAGUGUUGCUCACCCUUUAGGUUACAAAAGCUAUUAGAUGUUUAGAAGAAAUGGAGGCCGUGGUGCAAUCUAAAGCUAGAUGAUCAGAAGUUAAGGACGUGGACUAUCUCAACCAAUUCAAGAGCUUUGUUGUUUAUCCAUCUUGUAGUCCACCAUUACCUAUUUGCUCCUCUUUUGUGAAGUAAAAAAUACAAACGGUAAUUGCUCCUUCGUACACACAUGUAAAUGGGGUAUAAAAAAUGAAAAGUAGAUAAAAACCAUGGACUUCGCCAAGAAGAAGGGAAGAGUGGUUGCUUGGAAGAUGGCAAUAAACGGAACAGUGACUGCGACGUAAAGAGUUGCGGGAGAUAUAAAACGAGACCAAACUCCUCAUCGCACUGACAGGUGGGUCGCACUGCCUUCUAUUCCAACGAAAAAAACAACCACCCACACGACCCUGGGGCACCCACCAAUCGGGUCCGGCCACGGCACAAACGCGCCCGGUCCCACCCCACCAAACGCGCCCGCGGCCGGCCGAUCCGACUCGCAACAACGCGGGGAGCUUUAUCCCCCUCUCGUUUCCAUGUGGGGCCCUAUACAGACCGGACCCGCAUGUCAUGACAUACUGGGCCCCAAAACAGCCGAGCAGACCGACGCAAACCGAAAGACCCCAGGGGAAAAAAAUACCAAACGCACGCAAAGCCACACGCACCUCGACCCGUUCCCAGGCCAUCACACCACCAGCACCACCUCGUCCCCCGUACCUGCCUCGCCGCCGCCGCCGCCUCCUGCCGGCCUCCGAUGGCGAAGACCCGCAAGCCUCCGGCCCCUCCUUCUCCGCCGCCGCCCCCCGCAGAAACGCCAUCCCCGCAGCGGCGGCGCAAGAAGAAGGGCCGCCCGUCCCUCCUCGACCUCCAGCGCCGCAGCCUCCGCCUGCAGGCCCAAAACCCUAGCCCCGCCGCCUCGCCCACCCGCCGGGACCCCAAUCCCUCCGACGACGAUGAGGACGGGACCGGGAGCGGGCGGCGGCGGCAGAAGCGCCUCAAGAGCGUCCUCUCCGGCGUCGUCAAGGAGGAGCAGGGGGAGGGGAAGAAGGAUGCAGCGAAAGCGACGGGGAAAGAGGACGCUGCGUCGGAUGGUGGGCCCACGGGGACUCCCCUCCCAGACAAAAAGUUGCUACUCUUCAUCCUCGAUAGGCUCCAGAAGAAGGAUACUUAUGGAGUUUUCUCGGAGCCUGUCGAUGCAGAGGAGCUUCCAGAUUACUUUGACAUUAUUGACCAUCCAAUGGACUUCUCAACAAUCCGUGAGAAGCUGUUGAAUGACUCGUAUUCUAAGUUGGAGCAGUUUGAGGAUGAUGUGUUUCUACUCACAUCAAAUGCCAUGUCUUACAAUUCAGCUGAUACAAUCUACUUCCGACAGGCACGGUCUAUUGAAGCUCUUGCCAAAAAGGAUUUUGAGAACCUGAGGCAACCCAGUGAUGAAGAGGAACCCAAACCACCAGCUCGAAGGGGUAGGCCACCGAAGAAUCCCAAGACAGAGGGUGAUGUGUCACCAGACCUAUCUAAUGUGAAAGCAAAUAAACCUGAAGACAAUGUCGAUACAUUCAGAAAAAGGUCAACUGGAGACAGAACUCGAAAUACAAAUACCCCAAUGAAAGAUCUGUCCAGUUUUCACGAUACGUUUGGUUCUUUUAGUGCAAAAAGAACAGAUAAAAUUGGUGAUUAUUCUGGUUCAUCGAAGUGGGGAAAGAAACCUGUUAGUCUAGAUGACGACCGCAGGAGUACAUAUGAUCAGCACUAUUCACGUAAUAGCUCUCUGUUUGCUGCCCUGGAUGAUGAGAGGAAACUACUGGUGCCAGUAGGGGUUCAGCAGCCACAUGCAUAUGCUAGGAGCUUGGCACGAUUUGCAUCAAAAUUGGGCCCAGUUGGCUGGGAUGUGGCAGCAAAUCGUAUCAGAAGGGCACUCCCCCCUGGGACAAGUUUCGGCCCAGGAUGGGUUGUAGAUGGUGAACCACCUCAAAACUCUCAGUGGGCUCCUGCAGCAUCGACUAAUCCCUCCUCUGAGCCCACUGCUCCACCCAAUAUGCCAUCCAAGAAUGAUGUACUCGAUCACAAGUCUGGACCGUCUUCUAAUGGGGAUGUUACUGGUGAGGAGCAUUUAACUAGAACUCAAACAGUGGCUUCUACAUCAACAAGCUUUGAUAAGAGCUCUGACAUUUCCAGUAAAGUAACCAAGCUUGAGAACGGAGUUACCGAGUCAUGUGGUGGUACGGACAAUACGGGAUCAGCAGCGCCUCCAAUGCAGCAACACAGCCACAGUCGAGAAAUCCACUCUAACAUCAAUGGCUUUACUGCUAUGUCAAACGCCAUGAGUCAGUACGCGGGGCAAGGGUUAUUUGGAUCAGGCAUUCAUAUGACGCACGCCCAAGUGCUUGGGAUGUUUUCUGGCAUGAAUGGCAAAGUCAAUGGCUAUAUCCAUAGGCACCCAGUAACUGCUGAUAGUCUUAAAACAGCAGGACAGAACGGAGAUGUUGGAAAGGCAACUGUGAACCCCGUGCAAAGCGCAGGCCAGGAUCCAAAGACCGCGACCGAAAAUAGCUCUGCUCACCCAGGCUUGAAUUCCAGAGCCCAGUCAUCAGGUUCCUCGCCUAGGGGAAAGCUGACAAAUCCGAAGCACCCUGAUCUGGCUUUGCAGCUAUGAGCGCGGUAGUAGGCAUUGACAUAGUUUGGUUUAGUACUGUGAUCUGUGACAGAGGCAUGAGCUCCUCGAGCACUGCUCCUCCGGGCCUAAUUCUCAAGCUUCCGGCACGCUGAUAGACAUUUGUAGCUUGCCAAGCGGUUGAAGAGGUAACAGAUGGUUGGAUUGUUGUCAGAGAAUAAUAACGCAAAGCAGCUGUUGCAUGAGGCGGCGGCGGAACACCAUGUAGGCCCCCCAUUUUAAUCAUUUGACCCCCAGUGAGUUGUUGUAAAAGGGUAGGGUAGCUUCUGUACAGGUUCUAAUCUUAUUGGAGAUGACAGUGUUUCGGAUGAGGCGGCCGCCUGUUGUCCAAUUUGUAACAUUUAUAGGAGGAAGUAUACAGGCGAAAAAGGCAGUGAAUAAUUGUGCCUUUUGAAAUGUUCGAACGGCCGAUUGGCGACAUGUUGCUGUUGUUUUGAUUUCUUGUGCCUUUUGGGCUCACUCUGUCCACUGGAUACGUUGGAUGCUGGUGAUUGGCAUA